GUGGUCACUUCCAGGGUUUUAUUACGUCCUAAGUGGUUCUUUUACGUCCCUCCAAUACAGGGUUAGAUAGUGUGGAGAGACGGGGCCAACGGUUUAACGUCCUUAUCCGAGAAGACGCGAAGGUCUAACCAUUUGCAGAUGUAAUUACAAAGGCWGCACCUUCUCCUCAGUUAUAAACUAAACUACAAACAAGCAGAGAWAAAAAAAGCUAGACAUCUGUGAAACCCUGCAGCUGAACAUGAGAAUGUUGAUACCAGCUGAUUUGGCAUGUGUAGUGUGUACUUGUGUAAUGGUGAUCGUACUGAUGGGGCUUACAACAGGAACCAGCCAGAAGAAUGACCAGGAGACCUUCGAUCUGUUAAAUAGAUAUUGGGAUUCUAUUAUCAAUGAUAAUUCCACUAAACGCCGUAUUUUCCCACCAGACACCAGACGAAAGGUCAAGAGGAAGCAAUUAUCUAAGUUUCCCUAUUCUGCUGUUGUUAAGAUAUCAACAGGAUGUACAGGGAAUCUGAUCUCAAACCAACACGUCUUGACCGCUGCUCACUGCAUCCACAACAGGACACAGUACAUCAAACCAAUAGAUCAAAUCAAGGUUGGUUUCCUCAAGAAAAACAAGAAAUUUCGUUGGUAUGAUGUAAUAUCACAUGAGAUGCCAUAUGAAUUCCGGCACCCGAGGACAUGGACCGUUGCGUGGCGUUAUGAUUAUGCUGUUCUCAAGCUUUCCACCACCCACAGAAGAAAAUAUUUURGACUUGCUGGAAGGAUCACUUCCCGAACCCCAAGGAUUCAUUUUAACGGUUUCCCAGGCGACAAAAAAAGCAACACGAUGUGGCGCGUUGAUUGCACAGGAAUAGAUUUCAGUUAUUUCCUUGCGAGUACAUGUGACGCAGUCCAGGGAAGUUCAGGGUCCGGAGUAUAUGAAGAAAUUAUCUACAACGGGGAAACAGAGAGGCGUAUUGUGGGAGUGCUUUCGGCUACUGUCACUAGGAUAAAUGCACGAGGUCGCAAGUUUCAUUACAAUGCCAUAGCGAAAUUGUAUCCACGUCGACUUAUGUCGCAGGUAUGUCGCUGGGCUGAAUCACCAAUAGGAUGUAUGUUCUAACAUACCCACGAUAUAACGCGUUCUCUGAUUGGUUAUUUAGCAGAGCCUAGCGUGCAUCCAAAAAUCGAUAGUGUUAGCUGAUGUGAUCGAGUAGCGCGCGCUAUUUAAUUGAGAUUUCGUUUAAAAAAAUGAAUUAAAGGAUUGGUCAUUGAUUAGCGUGUUUCUAUCGAGUGUUGGGUGCACUUGGCUGGUUGCUUAAGCACUCAGAGUCAAACUCAGCAACGUCUCGUGCACCUCUUACGCUUCCAUCGUCCUUAGCAACCUUGCACGUGCGCCCAAAACUCAAUGUAAGUACGCUAAUAAAUGAAUAAUUUGUUAUAUAUGAAAAUACAAGUGAAUACAUGAAUAUAAAAGUGAAUACAUAAAAAUAAAAGUGAAUACUGCCUUUAGCUACUCCGUCAAUCAUAAUUGURAGCGUCCAAUAGCCAAUGUGCACGAGCACGAAUCUCUAGCACAAAGCAUGAUGAGAAUCCGAAUCGGCUUCCCAUCAUGCUUUGUGCUAGAGAUUCCUGCUCUUGUGCAUUUCCUAUUAUGAUAACGAAAUCUGAUAAAAAGCAAAGCAAAAAAAAAAAA